UUGAGCCAAGCAAGUCUUCUAGGUAAAAGCUGUUCAAUGUUGUUCUCGUCAGUCUUGGCGAUAUUCCUCAUCUCGUGGUCCUCGCUCUUUCUUCUUGACUAUGUUUUACGCGUAAAAGGUUGCAUUCCGUAUAUAUCUUUCGCUGAGAAAUAUGGUCUCGAAGUAUCUCCAUUCCAAAUCCGGUUGUACACUACAUGUAAUGACAAUGAAGAAACUUUAUUGCCCAAGAAGAAAACUCCUUCGCUCCGAAGAACUUUAGCUUCCAUUUGGUUUGCGAUCGGAGCUUUAGUUUCCGUCGUUUGUAUAGUUGCAAUCACAGGGUACCUGGCCAGGCUUCUUUACAUUGAAACUCUUAAGUUUGGAGCAACUCGACCUCAUGUAGCACCCUACCGAGCGAUACCUGUAACGACUACAGUUGUACCUGUCGUGACUGAGAAUAUCGAUGAUCUACCUGUUCAAGCUGUCGAAGAUUAUGAUAUUCUUGACGGCAGUAGUAGAGAAAAUGAAGGAUUGGUACCAAUUGUUCCCGGAGUUAACUUGCCUUGGAGUCAUAUGCCUUUGUUCAUGUUCGUGUUAAUAGUUUCUGCCAUUUUUCAUGAACUUGGACAUGCUUGGGCUGCAAGAAACAAAGACGUGAAAGUCAAUGGGUUUGGAGUGUUCGUGUUUGCCCUAUAUCCUGGGGCUUUCACUGAUAUUGAAGCAGAUUCAUUGAAGAGAGCAUCAACAUUCUCACGCCUUGCUAUAUUCGGAGGUGGAAUUUGGCACAACAUAAUCUUAGCAAUAGUAGCCUACCUGCUAUUCUGUGCGACUCCUUACGUACUUUUCCCUUUGUUUGCUGACGGAAAUGGUGUCACUGUCACAGGUGUUGAUAUGCGGUCAGGUCUUCACGGGAGUGCCGGUUUAUCGCCUGGUUUCAUUGUUACUCAUAUCGACGAUUGUCAAGUUCACGAUGUAAAAAGUUGGAGAGAAUGUGUAAGGCUACUGGAACACCAGAGAAAUGGACGUUGUGUUGAGACGGAGACUUUAGAACACGCUAGAAGUCAUGAUACAUCGACGACUGAAGAUGAGAUUCAAUGUUGUGAUAGCUUCGAGAAUAUUACUCAUGCUCACAUGUGCUUUGAGUCCAGCGUUCAAAUUGUUCUUCAUGACAAGAGCACUAUGAGUCCUAGUCUAAAAAAGGUUUUACGCUUGGGGCCAAAUAUAACGAUUGAAGAGAUUGUGAAUGAGAGGAGGGAGUUUGCGCGUCAGUUCAGUUGCAUGUCAGCUAGAUUGAUGACCGAUUAUCCACUCUGUAACUCUUCUGUGACUUGUGAUCAGUCAGAGAAGUCAAUGACAUGUGCUUAUCCUGCAUUAUACAAUGGCACGCAGUUAUCCAGGAUUACCGUGAAGAAUAGUUUUAGGCCUGUUCUUUAUGUUGGAAACUUGGAUGAGUUAAUAUCUUUUGUGUCCAUACACCCACUGGUCUCUAGAUUUGCUAACGUACCUCACUGGGUCGCCACUACCGUAGAAAUAAUCCCUAAAUACUUCUUCACUCUUUCUGUAGCCUUAGCUGCUUUGAACGCAGUUCCUUGUUAUGCCUUAGAUGGACAAUUUCUAGUCGUUACUAUUGUCAAUUGGUUAGCGGGUUCCUUACCCAGAAGAAAACGUCAACUGCUGUCCUCAUCUAUCCUUUUCAUCGGUACUCUUCUGCUCGUGGCGAAUAUUCUUAUCGGCUUCCUAAAGUUUUUGUUUUAA